GCAGCUUAAGUACUGUUUUCUCUCACAGCUCGCCAGACUGCAGAUGAAUACAGUACCUGAGACUUUUAAAAGACGUUAUAAGACAACUUAAGACAGACGCUUUUCAAGAUGGUGGACUUUGGGCUGCGGGGCUACCAGAUCGAGGUGGUCCAGAGGGCGCUGAAAGGGGAAAACAGCAUCAUCUGGCUUCCCACCGGAGGCGGGAAAACACGUGCCGCCGUAUACGUCGCUAAGAUGCAUCUCGAAACCACCCGAAACGCCAAAGUCGCGGUUCUGGUCAACAAGGUGCAUCUGGUUGAUCAGCAUUAUAGCAAAGAGUUUAAUCCUCACCUGGGAAGGAAUUACGAACUGGUGGCCAUUAGUGGAGACAGCAGCCAGAAAGACUUUUUUGCUCACGUGGUUAAAGACUGCGACCUGAUUAUUUGCACUGCUCAGAUACUGGAAAAUGCCUUGAUCAGCAAUGAAGAGGAAAAACACGUGGAGCUCACUGAUUUCACGCUGCUGAUUAUCGAUGAGUGUCACCACACCCAUAAGGAUGGUGUGUAUAAUAAGAUCAUGGCACGAUAUGUGGAAAGCAGGCUCCGAAAUCCGGAAACCAGGCUACCCCAAAUUCUUGGCCUCACCGCAUCUCCGGGCACCGGUGGAAACAGAAGUAUUGAUGGAGCUGUCAAACAUGUGCUACAGAUUUGUGCAAAUCUGGACUCAGUCAUCGUUUCUUCCAAGGAAUACGUUCCUGAGCUGAGUAAGGUCGUGCCCAAACCAAGGAAGACAUAUGACAUUGUGGAGGAGAGGCUUGAAGACCCAUUCGGGAGUCACCUAAAGAUGAUGAUGGGGAUGAUCCAUGACUUUAUGGGCCAGGGGAAAGAGGUUAAGUUUCGCGCGUUUGGUACACAAGAGUACGAGGCAGAUGUGGUGCAGCUGGAGAAGACAGGUGUUCAAGAGGAGAACAGACUGGUGGCUCAGUGUGCUCUGCACCUUCGUAAAUAUAACGAUGCUCUGCUCAUCAACGACACGGUUCGAAUGAUUGACGCGUUACGGGUUCUCCACGAGUUCUACCUCACAAAACAAGAAAACAUCCUGGACGUCACUGACAUGUUCCUCACUGGACUCUUUGAGGAAAACCGUGUGGAGCUGAAAGAGCUGGCAUCCAAUCCCAUCUAUGAGAACCCAAAACUGGCACAGCUUGAGAAAACCCUGGUGAAGCAGUUUGAUGGUAAGGAUGACUCCAAAGGCAUCAUCUUCUCCAAAACACGUGAGGGAACUCGCUGCCUCUACGACUGGGUGUGUGCCAACCCCGAACUACAACGAGUCAACAUACGUGCCUCCAUCCUCACAGGAGCUGGCACAGGUGCCAAUCACAUGACCCAGCGAGGGCAGAAGGAGACGAUACUGCAGUUUCGGAAGGGUACCCUCAACGUCUUGAUCUCCACCAGCGUGGCCGAGGAGGGACUUGACAUCCCAGAGUGCAACUUGGUGGUGCGCUAUGGACUAUUGACUAAUGAGAUCGCCCAGCAGCAGGCAAGCGGGCGAGCCCGGGCAGCAGACAGCACUUACUCAGUGGUGGCUCAAGCAGGGGGGCGGGAGGUUCGCAGGGAACGGACCAAUGAGUACCUAGAGGAGCUAACUUCCAGAGCUGUCGCCCAAGUACAGCGCAUGGACCUCAGAGAGUUCCGUCAGGAGAUAAAACAACUUCAGAUGGAGUCAGUGAUGUCUCGUAUUAUGGCUGAGUCACAGAGGAACACGAGGAGGAGUCAGCACAGCGGCGCCCAAGUCGAGCUAAUCUGCCGUGGCUGUUUUGCUGUCGUGGGUCGAGGAAAUGACAUGAGAGUCUUUGAGGGCACACACCACAUUAACAUCAAUCCUGAUUUCAAGGUGUACUAUAAGAUUGGUGGGCAGGUUCAACUGGAGCGGACCUUUGAGGAUUGGGAGCCUGGUCGUGUCAUUAGUUGUGCUACAUGUGGAAAGGACUGGGGAAUGGAGAUACUGAUUAAGAAACUGAUGAAGCCUCUGCCUUGUCUGAAAAUAAAGAGCUUCUCUCUGAAGACUCCAGAGGGCAGCCGUUCCCCGAAGAAGUGGAAAGACGUGCCAUUUACCGUGGAAGAGUUAGAGAUGGAGGAGUACGUUACGAGACACUUCCCUGAUCUCUGGCUAGACUGAGAAAGAACACACUGACACGCCUAACCAGAGAUCAAUUUAGAAGGUCCUGUUUGAUAGGGGCUAUGAUUAAUGAUGUGUGUG